AUGGCCGGCCCUGACGCCGCAAGGAGCAAAUUCUACGAGGACCUGCGCGCCCUCCUGGUAUCUGUGCUGAAGUCGGACAAGUUGGUUGUCCCUGGAUCCCUGCAGAGGGGUGCUAGGUCCCCAUGGUCUCAAUGGCUCCAACCACAAUGGCCUGCUUCUUCUACGAACCUGCUUUGAACACGACUCAUCCAGACGAACACCUUCUUCCUCCUCCCGAUGCGAGCGAAGACCACCUGGAUGCACCCUUGGUCGCGGCACUGGCACAUACUGGACUAUGUCCUUGUCCGGUGGCGAGACCAGCAGAAAGUGCCGGCGACAAAGUCGAUUGCGGAUGCUGGCGGGUAAACCGACCAUCGCCUCGUCAUCUCGAAAAUGCGGACUCGCUGACAGCCUCGCAGUAGACCACAAGGUAAGCGGUCCCCGGGUAAGAUUAAUACUGCCUUGUUAUGUUUGUUUUCUCCCCAUCUCCAUUUCAGCAACGAGUUAGCUCAACGGCUUGACAACCUUCCAGUCGCUGCCGCCACCGCCGCUGACGAAAACGCCUCCGUAGAGAACCGACGGUGUCAACUGUGGGACACAGUCCAAUCGACGGCGCUGGCCGUCCUCGGCCGCGCACGCCGCCAACACCAAGACUAG